UUAUUUUAUACAACAAUUUAUUAAUAUGAACAACCAUAUAUUCUCAGAUUACGAUUCUUCAAAAGCAUCCUUCUGGCUAGAAGACUUAAGAAACCCUAGGAGUUGUAAUUACUACGACAAUGUGUUCAUGACAUCUAGAGGGCAAGAGAAGGAUAGAGAAAUUAUGCAAGAUUGGUGUGCUUUUGGGAUUAUAGACCCCUUGCUGUUAAGUAAAACUUUGAAUCAGGCUCUAAAGGCAUAUCCUGAGAAGACUCAGCUUAGUAAAGGAAAUCAAAAUGAAAUGAAUAUUCCACAAUUUGCGUUUGACAAAAAUGAAUUAGAAAUUAAGUACAACACAUUAAGUAACUUAUCAGAGAUGGAAAUGAAAGCUCAAGACCAGCAAAUAGAAACUCAAAUUAGCCAGAAAAGCAAUAGAAAGAAUAGGAAUGGCAAAAGAGGCAGUAAAGCUAAGCCAAGGCUUGAUUCAGAAAUAAAGCAAGCUCUUAGGUUCGUGAAAAAGUUCAUGAAGAAACUUUUCAAAUCUCUGAACAUUGAAAUUACCAAUAAAAGAUAUAUUAAUUGAACUCCAAUGAAAAUUUUUGAAGCUAUGAAGACGACUCUGAUGACUAUUAUUCCUGAUGACCUUCUUGCAGAUGAUUUGAUAUAUUACACAAUUGGAAUUCUGAAUCUCAAGAAGCCUUCUGAGUUAAGAUGCAAGCAAAGAGUUAAAAAGGAGAUCUCUAUUUUCAAAGAAACAAAUAGCAAUUUCACUUACAAAAGACUUAAGAAGUCAAUGCAAUCAAGCAGUUUAAGGAUUUUAUGAAGGUUUAUUCUCUUGCAGGCAUCUGAUCAAAUUGGAGAAGCUCUCAGAAAGGCGUUAGGAAUUGAAUAAACCUAUUUUUUAUCUAUCAUAGUUAUGAAGAACAGAAUGAAAAAGAGUGGAAUAAUUACUAAUUUCCUUCAUA